UAAUUUUACAUUCAUACCUGUGCAGCAUAGUAAAUAAUGGUUUGUGGUUGGUUUGGUACGUAAGCGGUAAGGCAAGGUACUAUGAGCUGGCAUUAAAUUGUGAAUGAGAAGCUCAGAACAGAAUUGAAGAUAUUCGCGGUGGUGAGAGAACAACACAACAGAACCCAACACACAUCACCUGGGAAAAGUCUAUUCGGCUCGGACUACGGAGCAGACUACAGUUGUGAUUUCGGUUUGGGUGUGGUAUAAGCUCGUUUAUAUAUCGUUCGUAAUUCCGUUAAAAGUUAAAUUAAUCGAAACGAAAAAUAAAAACAAAAGAAAAUAUAGUUCAUAAAUUUCCUUAUUUAAAUAAAAACGAUAAUCUGUAUAUCGUACUAAAUACUAAUUAUUUGGAAUACGUGCUUGGGGGUGAAAAACAAAAAAAGAAAAUAGUUUGAAAAUUAAAAUUCGUGCGGUAUGAGUGAUCAAGUGAGUGAAAAUUUGAAAGAAAAAUCAGAUGACUUCCAAAAUGGUCAUCGAGAUAUCCGGUUAACGGAAGGAAGUGAUCCUAAUACGGUAAUCAAUAGUCCAUUGGAUGUCGAAAACGGUACUAAAAGAACAUGGGUGAAAUUCGACGAUGAAACAGAAGAGAAUAAUAAAAUAAAUGAAAAUAAUUUAUCUAAUGCACUCGGGGGGGAACAACCCGCUGCCAAUGUAGCCGCAGAAACACACUUAACAACAACAACAUCACUGGUAGCAAACAAGUUAUCUCCACCACCACAAUCACAAAAGAAUGUAACUACGCCAGCAGUGCAACAGAGACAACGGUUACCGUUGCCCUCUUCUGCUAUUCCGAUGACAACAACGACGACGGCAGCGACUUCCCAGAUAGCUCCACAACCACGAUCGAAAUCUCCUGCACAGAGUCCGCCCAUCAUUUCAGCAAAUAUCGCACCUGCUGUACUAACUACCGAAAGUACGCACGUUAAUUUAAACCAUGCAUCUUCAACAACACCAGAGAAACCAGUUCCUGUCUCGAACAUCACAAACUCCAACAAACUCACCUCAAAUAAUUCAACAUCUCAAACCGUACCCAAACAUGAUGUUUCUGUUCCAGUAAGCUCCACAAUGAGAACUAUUGAACUUUCCACAGGCACAAUUCGCGAAGGAUUUGCGAACGGAGAUGUUAUUGUAACACUGCUUCCAUGUAAUACCAAAUGGCCGUGGGUGACCCCUGCAAUAUUCCGUCCAGAACUAGUACCAGAGGAACUCAUGGCCCAAGGACUGACACUAACUGUUGAAGAAUAUGUUAACGCCAUGGAGACACUUGUCAAUGACUACCGUUUCACACUUUACAAUAUUUGCUAUAAGCGCAUUCUGGUGUGUUGGAUUCUCUUCGCGUUCUGCGUACUCCUGACAAUGUUGUUCUCAGGACUGCAAGGAGUCGCUUUAUUCUCCCUGGGAGUUGCUUGGCUCUUCCUUAAUGCAGCAGCUAUAUUCUUGUGUAUGUGGAUGAAAUUGCGACUGUCACGUGGCCUCGAAAAGUGUCUGGCACGUGUAAAUAAACAGCUGAUCAAACACAAAAUAAUACUUGUCCUUGACGACAGGGGGAAAAUAUCAUGUCACAAAGUAAAUUUGUGUUUCUUGUACUUUGACUCCACACAAUGUGUUGAGUUUUUGAAUAGCUUCUUGGAGCAUACCGAACAAAAUGGACAUAAUCUCCAAGCGGGAUGGGAAGCUAAGCUCGAUCUGGAUGUGAACGAUAUUGUUAUUCAAGGAAGCAAUCCAAUGAGACUGUCAAGAAAACAGGCAAUUGCACAAGAAAUAUACCUCAGCUAUCUUCAACGAUGGGGUAAAGAUUUUCUCCGAAGGCGAUUGGAUUGGACCGUACAAGAGGCAGGCGUUCACGAAACCCCACGUCAUCUGCAAUCUUCUAUAUGUCCAUGCCAAUACGAAGAGGAGGUUUUACGAAACAAAAUAAAGACCCAAAACCAAAGAAAUCAAUGUUGUGGCAUAAAUUGUUUAGGAUGUUGGCUCUAAUUUAAAGAACAAAAAUUUAAUUUAAAAUAAAAAAUAAAAGAAGCUUGAAGUACUUAAAGUUUAUUAUUGUGAAAAAUGUCCUUUUUGUUUUGUUUAAAAAAUUAUUUUAAGUUUGCAUAAAUUAAUAAACGCAUUUCAAUUUUAAA